GGUGAUAGAUUUUGUUAGUUUCAAAUCAACAAUUGUCUGUUGGACAUUGGAGAAGAAAGACAUUCGCGGAGAGUUUAUUAUUGUUUUGUUCUAAUUACUGGUGAAAUUUUGUGCUGAAGAAGCAACACUGAGAAGAGUGAAGAGUUCUUUUAUAUUCGAAUGAUAAUUUUUAACAUUUGAUAAAAGUGUAACUUGAAGUGUUGAUGAACUAGAACGAAAAAAAAUAUUAAAAUUCAGAUGUGCCAUUUAUUUCCUUUAAAAUAAACAAAGAUAACAAAUAAAUACCAAAGAUAUCAAAACUAUCGUGAAAAAAGAGGCUGAAUUUGUGAACAACAAUUCCGGCAGUUAUUCUUCUAGCUAAAACGAGUGAGAAAGAUCGCUAUCAUCUCUUAAAACGAUGGAUGAGAAAAAAAAUUAUUUAAGUCCAGCGGGCUACAACCUUCAUGGAUCUACAAUAUCGCUCAACUUACCAACCAAUCAUUCCUACACAGUAGCCGGUUAUAAAGGAUCAAAUGAAUUCAUUCUGACUGAUGACAAUCCAAAGACAACCAAGGAACAGUUAAAAGAAAUUCCAAAGUUACUAAAAGCGAAAGCAAAAAACAUUUGUCGAAAGAAGAUUCUUUAUAAACGCGUUCCCAUCCUUAAUUGGCUUCCGAAGUAUAGCACGGAAGAUGCAAUUGGUGACUUAUUAGCAGGCUUAACAGUUGGAUUAACAGUCAUUCCACAAGCACUUGCUUAUUCAGGUAUCGCACAAGUACCAGCUGCAUACGGUCUUUAUGGUUCUUUCCUCGGAUGCUUUGUUUACAUUUUUCUUGGAUCAUGCAAAGAUGUCCCCAUGGGUCCAUCAGCAAUAGCUGCCCUUCUUACCUUCCAAGCAGCCCAAGGAAGUUGGGAAAAAGCUUGUCUUCUCUGCUUUCUCACUGGACUAAUUGAACUUCUGAUGGGGAUUUUCAAUCUUGGAUUUCUCAUCGAUUUUGUAUCAGGUCCGGUGUCGUCAGGUUUCACGAGUGCAGUGGCUUUAAUUAUCCUGUCAUCACAAGUCAAAGAUAUUUUUGGGAUAUUAGCUCAUGGUGAGACAUUCUUCGAUAUGUGGGCAUCAAUCUUUAGAAACAUCAAAACAUUGCGAAUUGGCGACACAACUUUAGGAUUAUUUUGUAUCGUCAUUUUACUUUUGAUGAGAGUAAGACUUACUUUAAAUGUUUUCUCGCUUCUUCCAAACAUUAAAAUUGGACCUAAAAAUGAAGAACUUAAAACAGGUUUUCAUAAAUUUGUGAACAAAACUUUGUGGCUUAUCGGAACGGCUCGUAAUGCGCUUAUCGUAAUCGCUGGUGGUGCAUUGUCAGCAUACUUUUACCAAAGUGAUCGUAAAGAUGUCUUCAAGAUUAUCGGACAAGUUCCUGAGGGACUUCCGAAUUUCCGUUUGCCACCUUUCUCAAUUCCAGAUACACUGAAUGAAACUGGCUUUCCAAUCGAAGGAACUGGUCAAAGUUUUAACAGUAUUGUCUCUGAUUUUGGUUCAGCUUUGAUAGUUGUGCCCUUGAUUGGACUUCUUGAAAAUAUCGCAAUAUGUAAAGCCUUCGCUAAUGGAAAAGCUGUCGAUGCAACACAAGAAUUAAUUGCCAUUGGAGUUGCAAACAUUGCAAAUUCCUUUGUUCAAGGCUUUCCUGGUAAUGGUGCAUUGUCACGCGGAGCUGUAAACAAUGCAUCAGGAGUACGAACACCAAUGGGAAGUCUUUACACGGGUCUUCUCGUAAUUCUUUCGCUUAUGUUCUUCACACCUUACUUCUUCUACAUCCCAAAAGCAGCUUUGGCUGGUAUAAUCAUUUCUGCAGUUCUGUUUAUGGUAGAAGUUCGUGUGGUGAAGCCAAUGUGGCAUAGCAAAAAAACAGAUUUAAUUCCAGGACUUGCAGCUUUUAUUGCAUGUCUUAUGCUUCCACUUGAACUUGGAAUCCUUGUUGGAAUCGGCUUUAAUGUUAUUUUCAUUCUAUACCAUUCAUCAAGACCAAAAAUUUACAUGGAGAAAAUGAUUACCCCAUCGAAGGGCAUUAAAUAUCUUUUACUCACACCAGAUCGCUGUUUGAUCUUCCCUUCAGUUGAUUACGUAAGAAAUUUAAUCAACAAACAAGGAUUGAAAGCACAAGCUCCUGUCGCUAUAGAUUGCACACAUAUUUAUGGUGCAGAUUUUACAGCAGCAAAAGUUGUUGAAACACUUUUGAAAGACUUUAAUAUGCGGAAACAGCCGCUUCUUUUCUUCAACUUGAAACCUUCAGUGUGUGCAGUUUUUGAAGGUGUUUCAUUGGAUUAUAAACUUUACUAUGAGUUUGAAGCACUUGAGAAAGCAAUUGAAGAAUUUAAUUUUAAUUUUGCUUCAAGUACUUCAAGUUUAACUCCCACAAUCAAUACGAUUGCAACUGCUGAAUCAGCUUAACAUCCUUUCGAGAACAAAACAAUUUUUCCUCGUCAUUUUUAUUUUAGAAAUUUUAAAUCGUUUGAAUAAUUUUAAUGACAAAGAAUACUGGGUGGAAUGUGAACUGAUGUCAUGUUAAUUAUUAAGAAUUAAGAUUAUCAAUAGUUAAGAAAUUUAAAUGCAGAACGUGAAUAGAAUAAUUAACUUAACUACAUAUUUGUCUGUAUCCACAAAUCAAACGAACAUAAAACGACCAAAAAGUAAAAGACGUUUCUUUUAUAUUUAAAUAUCCUUACAAUUAAUUAAUUACACUUAUAAACGUGAAAUAAUGCUGAAUUCAAGCCAUUAUUUAGUUUUAUAGGAUAUCAAGAAAAUUAUGUUUUAUAAAUAAAAAUGACUAUAAAUACAAAGAAAUACAUUUUAAAUGACAAUAAA